AUGGCGUCGCAAAGUGGUGGAGGUAGUCCACAGGAUGCCAAACAUGUAUUGGAUGAAUUUGGGCAACAAGUGCACAAAGAAGUGAAAAAGGAAGCUGAACGACGUAGUAAGGGUGAAUUGAAAGGAUUGUUAACCAGUGCAAAACUUUCUGGUGGGGAAAUAGCUGGCACCACAGAUCCGUGCAGCUCUGAUUAUACUAAACAUUUUGAGGCUAACAGUAACAGGUAUCCGUGCGGAAAUACAAAUGUAGACCGUUUUCCCGAUAAUGAUGGAGCAGAAUGUGAUAAUAGUAAAAUAAAAGGUAAUAAAGGUAAAGAAGAUAAUAGUGAAGGAGCUUGUGCUCCAUAUAGACGAUUAUCUCUAUGUAACAAAAAUUUUCAAAAUAACAAUAAUGAUCAUAGUAGUAAUGCUAAACAUGAUUUAUUAUUAGAUGUGUGCAUGGCAGCAAAUUACGAGGCACAGUCAUUAAUAACUUAUCAUGACAAACAUGAACUGACUAAUGUGGGUUCUCAAAUAUGUACCGUAUUAGCACGAAGUUUUGCAGAUAUAGGAGAUAUCGUACGCGGCAAAGAUUUAUAUCUUGGAAAAAAAAAAAAAAAAAAAACAGAAACAGAAAGAGAAAGAGAUCAAUUAGAACAGAAAUUGAAAGGAAUUUUCAAGAAAAUAUAUGAAGGAUUGACAGGUGGUGUAAAAGACCACUACCAAGAUACUGAUAAUUAUUAUGAAUUGAGAGAAGAUUGGUGGGCUCUUAAUAGAGACCAAGUAUGGAAAGCCAUAACAUGUAAGGCGGACAAUAGUAAUAGAUAUUUUCGAGCAACGUGCGAUAGUGCUGAUGGAAAAGGUUCAUCUGUAGCUAGAAACAAAUGCCGCUGUAAGGACGAAGAGGGCAAAAAUGAGACCAACGAGGUUCCCACAUAUUUUGACUACGUGCCGCAGUAUCUUCGCUGGUUCGAGGAAUGGGCCGAAGACUUUUGUAGGAAAAAGAAAAAAUAUGUUGAUAUAGUUAAAACAUAUUGUCGUGGCAAGUACCAGGGUGAAGAACGAUAUUGUAGCCGUAAUGGAUUUGAUUGCGAAAAAACAGUUAACGCACGAGGUAAAGUACGUAUGGGUAAAGGUUGCACUGACUGUUUUUUUGCAUGUAAUCCUUACGUUGAUUGGAUAGAUAACCAACGAAAACAAUUUCUAAAACAACGAAACAAAUACGCUGACGAAAUAAAAAUAUAUACAGAGGGAGCAUCAGGUGGUAGUAGGCAAAGACGAAAUGUACGUAGUAAUUAUGAUAAUGGGUAUGAAAAAAAAUUUUAUAAGGAACUAAAAAAUAGAUAUGGAAGCGUUGAAACUUUUUUGGUAUUAUUAAAUAAUGAAAAAGCAUGCACAGCUGUUGACGACGACAAAGGAGGAAAAAUUGAUUUUAAAGAAGUUAAUACUGGUGGUGCUGCUAGUGGUGGUACUAGUGGUACUAAUGUUGAAAGUCAAGGAACAUUUUAUCGUUCAAAAUAUUGCCAACCAUGUCCUCUAUGUGGGGUCGAACGUAAAGGUGGUAGUGGAUGGGAAGAGAAAGAUAAAAUUGAAAAGUGCAAGAGUAUAAACCUUUAUAAGCCUAGAGAUGACAAAGUUGGUACUACUAUUAAAAUCCUUAAAAGUGGUGAAGAAGAAAAAGAUAUUGAAACAAAAUUAAAGGCGUUUUGUGAUAAUAAAGAUAGUGGUAAUAGUGAUCCUUCUUUGUAUGAUCCAUGGCAAUGUUAUCAAAUUGGUGAGCUGACGAAAGAUCAAAAAGAAGGGGGUGAGGAUGACCUAGACUAUGAAGCGGAUGUACAAACUGGAGGCGGAUUGUGCAUAUUAAAAAAAGAAAAAAAGACUGAUAAUGACCCUGAUGAAAUCCAAAAGACAUUCAAUAAUUUUUUUUACUAUUGGGUGGCACAUAUGUUAAAAGAUUCUAUAUAUUGGAGAAUGAAAAAACUUGAGAGAUGUUUACAAAAUGGUAACAAAAAAUGUGGAAAUCAAAAAUGUGAAAAGCCUUGUGAUUGUUUUCAAAGAUGGGUUCAACAAAAAGAAACCGAAUGGGGGAAAAUCAAAACGCAUUUUAACACGCAAAAUAUUGGAGCUUUAACAGGAUGUAAUCCUAUCGUAACUCUUGAAGGUGUUUUGAAAUUACAAUUUUUGAAAGACGAAUCCACAGAAGAUUCCGAAGAAAAUUCCAAAAAUAGUCUGGAUUCAGAGGAACUAAAACACCUAAAACACCUUAGCGAAAUGUUGCAAGGAACAGGUGUUGAUGGUCUUACCUGUAGUGACUCCGGCACUGAACAAAAAACUUUAAUGGAUAAAUUGAUCGACUACGAAGAAGGAAUUGCCACUGAAUGCAAAAAAUGCGACGAGCCAAAACCCGAAGGUGCCGCUGGAGGUCGCUCCGACGGACCACCCGGCAGCCCACCACGACCUGCAGAGAAAGACGAAGACCACCACUCUGAUGAAUCCGACGAAGAAGAAGACGAGGAACACACGGAACAGGGGGAGGAAAAGACGGAGGGGAAAACAGAGGAGCAGCCGGAGGAGGUGAAGGAACACACAGAGACACCAGAAGACGAAGUAAAUCCAUGUAAAAUAGUAGAAACACUAUUUACUAGUGACGACAACAAUGCUCUCAAUGAAGCAUGUAAACAAAAGUACCAAUAUGGUAAGGAAAAAUUCCCCAAUUGGAAAUGUAUACCAAGUGGUGACAACAGUACCACAAGUAGUGAGGGUGGUGACCGUGGCGGUCAAUCACGUGCCAAACGUGCAGCACCUCGUGAAUCCACUACAUCUAGUGGCGACACCACCGGUGGUAGUAUUUGUGUGCCACCCAGGAGGCGAAAACUAUAUAUAAAAAAGAUAGUAGAUUGGGCGGAAUCACAGUCGAAGACACUAACAAGUGUUAAUGGAGAUGGUAAUGGGUCACAGGAAGUAGUUAGUGUUAAUGGAGCUAGUGAGAGUGGUAGUCAAGGCUCACGUAGUGACUCGUCAAGUAGUAGUAGUAGUGAUUCAUCACAAGGUACCACUUCGGCGACCUCGCAGUCACCAAAUGGUGACUUGCUCACCGCCUUCGUGGAAUCUGCUGCAAUAGAGACGUUUUUUUUAUGGGAUAGAUAUAAAAAAAUAAAAGACAUAGAGGAAAAAGAAAUAAAAGAAAAAAAUGAAAUAUAUGGAAUAUAUACAUCAUCCGUCGAUGAAAAACCCCAAAACAAAUUAAAUGGUGGUGACAUCCCCAACGAUUUCUUGAGAUUAAUGUUUUAUACAUUGGGGGAUUAUAGGGAUAUAUGCAUAGGUGUUAAAGAAGAUGUGAUUAAGGCGUUAGAAGCUAGUAGUGACAAAAAUAUUGAGACAAUAAAAAAAGCUAUAGAUGAAAUUUUAAGCAAACAAAGUAGGAACAACCAACAAUCUGGCCAAAAAAGUGAAAACCCACGUGAUACAUGGUGGAAAACAAACGGUGAACAUAUCUGGAAUGCUAUGGUAUGUGCACUAACAUAUAAUGAAGACACAAGUGGCGCAAAAGGCAAACAACCACAACAGGACCAGAGUUUGAAAGACAAACUUAUUGACAAAAAAACCGGCAAACCCGAAGGCAAAUACCAUUACGAAAAAGUGACACUCGAAAAUAGUGAUACCCAAGCCAUUUCCAACGACACCAUCAACAACCCCAAAUUAAAAGAUUUUGUGGAAAUACCCCCAUUUUUUCGUUGGUUACAUGAGUGGGGAAGCGACUUUUGUGGUAAAAGGGCGCGGAUGUUGAAAAACGUUAAGCAUAAUUGUCGUAAUAUUGACAAUCCAGGUCACCAGUAUUGUAGUGGGGAUGGAUAUGAUUGUGAAAAAAUAAAACCUGAGAAUUAUAAAAAUAUUUCAGAUUUAGAUUGUCGUGAUUGUUAUAAACAAUGUAGAAAAUAUAGAAAAUGGAUAGAAAAAAAAGUAGAAGAAUUUCAUAAGCAAGAAAAGAAAUAUAAAGGGGAACAUGGAAAAUUAAGGAAUGAUAAUUGUAGUGGUAAUGAUAAUAAAGAAUAUUGUGAACAAAUAAAACAAAAAACUUCUGCUGCAGAUUUUUUGGCAGCAUUGAAACAUUGCAAAAAUGAUCAAAUUGAUGGGGAACAAGGUAAUCAGGAGGAUAAAAAAAAUAAUGAAAUAAAAUUUGAGGAACCUCUCAAAACGUUUGGUCCUUUAGAAUAUUGUAAAACGUGUCCUUUUAAUGGAGUUAAUUGUACUGUUAGACGUGGUACAAAUGGAUGCAUAGAAAAUGGACAGAUAUGGAAAAAGGUUUUUGAAGGAAUAAGUGGAAACGGUGAAAACAGUACUAUUACCGUAGAUAUGAUUGAUCGUAGGGGACCGUUUAUUGAAAAGUAUUUAGGAGAUUCAAAUGAUUUAUUUAAAACAUCAAAAUUAUUUAAAGGUAUAAGAAAACAAAACUGGACUUGUAAAUUUAAUAAAGAUAAAAAUAUGGAUGUGUGUCACCUUACUAAUUUUAAAGACAAUAUAGACCUUAAUGAAUAUACUACAUUUAAAGUAUUGCUAAUAUAUUGGUUAGAAGAUUUUUUAUAUGGUUAUUAUUUAUUGAAGAAAAAAAAAAAAAUCUAUCUAUGUACACAAAACAAAGAACAGACAUGUAGUGAAGAAUCUAAAAACGAUUGUGCAUGUGUGAAAGAAUGGAUAGGAAAGAAAAGAGCAGAAUGGAAGACAAUACGAGAUCGUUUCAAUGAUCAAUAUAAAAGUGAAAAUUCAGGUGAUACUUUUCCAGUGAGAAGUUUUUUGGAGGGCUUGAUACCUCAAAUUCCUGUUGCAGACGUUCAAGGAAAUGUUAUAAAAUUAAGUAAGUUCGGUAAUUCUUGUGGAUGUAGUUUCAGUGCGCACUCAACAAAUGGUAAAGACGAUGCUAUAGAUUGUAUGAUUAAAAAGCUUGAAGAAAAAGUAACAUCUUGUUUAUCCUCAACUAGUGGCGAUAACCUAGCACAGUGUGAAAAUUCCACCCCCCUUGAAGACGACGAUGAACCCUUUGAAGAGGAAGAAAACCCAGAAAAUAUGCGACCGGGAUUUUGUCCACCCCCAGAGGAAAAAACAGAAAUAGAGGGAACAGAUAAGAAGUGUGAAGAAGCACCGACGACACCACCCGAACCAGCACCACCAGCAAAGAGUGGUGAAGGCACAGAGGAACUUCCAUCUGCACCAGAACCCCCACAGGACAAAGCCCUACCCAAACCUGCGGCACAACCAAAAGAUAAAAAACGACCCAAACGACAACCCCAAAAUCCGUGGGAACAUCCCAUUGUCAUACCUUCCCUUGCGACUUCUACAUUAAUGUGGACUGUUGGAAUUGGUUUUGCUACAUUCACUUAUUUUUUUCUAAAGAAAAAAACCAAAUCAUCUGUUGGAAAUUUAUUCCAAAUACUGCAAAUACCCAAAGGUGAUUAUGAUAUACCUACAUUGAAAUCAAGCAAUAGAUAUAUACCCUAUGCAAGUGAACGAUAUAAAGGUAAAACAUAUAUUUAUAUGGAAGGAGAUAGUAGUGGUGAUGAAAAAUAUGCAUUUAUGUCUGAUACUACUGAUGUAACUUCUUCCGAAAGUGAGUAUGAAGAGAUGGAUAUAAAUGAUAUAUAUGCACCACGUGCUCCUAAAUAUAAAACAUUGAUAGAAGUGAUACUUGAACCAUCAAAAAGGGAUACACAAAAUGAUAUACCAAGUGGUGACAUAAAUAGUGAUAUACCAAAUACACCUAGUGAUACACCGUCACCCAUUACUGAUGAAGAGUGGAAUACAUUGAAAGAUGAUUUUAUAUCUAAUAUGUUACAAAAUGAACAAGAGGAUAUACCACAACCUGACGUAUCUAAGGAAUUACCAUUGAAUACCCAUCCCACCCCGUCACAUGAUACGUUGGACCAAAAACCUUUUAUUAUGUCCAUUCAUGAUAGAAAUUUACUUAACGGAGAAGAAUACAGUUAUGAUAUAAUUAAUAAUAUUGGUAAUAAUGAUUUAUAUAGUGGUUUUGAUCCAAAAAGUGGUGACAAUGUUUCAUAUAGUGGUACAAUUGGUUCAAUUAGUGAUAAAACCAGUCCAUAUAGUGGUAUAGAUUUAAUUAAUGAUUCGCUAAAUAGUGGUAAUCAUAUUGAUAUAUAUGAUGAAAUAUUGAAACGAAAAGAAAAUGAAUUAUUUGGAACAAAUCAUGUGAAACAUAUUAGUACACAUAGUGUCGCCAAACUAACAAAUAGUGAUCCUAUAGAGUGUCAGUUGAACUUAUUCCAUAAAUGGUUAGAUAGACAUAGAGAUAUGUGCGAAAAAUUUAGUAACAAUAAGGAGGAAUUGUUAGAUAAAUUGAAAGAACAGUGGGAAAAUAAGACACAUAGUGGUAACAAACAUAGUGACAUACCUAGUGGUAAACUAAGUGAUACACCUAGUGAUAACAACAUACAUAGUGAUAUUCAUCCUAGUGAUAUACCUAGUGGUAAACAAAGUGAUAUACCUAGUGAUAACAACAUACAUAGUGACAUACCAUACGUGUUAAAUAGUGAUGUUUCCAUACAAAUAGAUAUGGAUAAUCCCAACCAAGUGGAUGACAACACAUACCUUGAUACAUACCCCGAUAAAUCUACUAUGGAUACUAUAAUGGAUGAUCUGGAAAAAUAUAAUGAACCAUAUUAUGAUAUUUAUUAUGAUGUAAAUGAUCAUGACGCAUCAAAUGUGGAUAGUAAUAAUAUGGAUGUACCUAGUAAAGUAAAAAUUGAAAUGAGUGUAAAGAAUACCCAAAUGAUGGAAGGAAAAUAUCCUAUAGGAGAUGUGUGGGAUAUAUGA